CGACCGCGGCUCCCAGGGCGCCUCGCGCGCCCGCGGACUACAAACGGGCGCGCGCCCCAGCGGCUGGCCAGUUAGGGGCUCCCAGAGCAACGUGACCGCAGUCCCUGGGCUGCCUGGAGGGCGCGCGCUGAUUGGCGGCCCGGGCCAGUGCGCGGGCUACGGCGUCCGGCAGGGGGCGGUGGCGGCGGUUGGCUGAGGGUCUGGAGGCGGGGCCGCGGGCCUUGAGUGCUGCGAGCCCGGCGGGCCACGACUCUGCCGGGACGGGGUGAGGGUUGAGGCCAUGGGCGACCGCGGCGGCGCGGGCGGCUCCCGGCGCCGGAGGACGGGUUCACGGCCCUCGAGCCAGGGCGGCGGCGGGCCCGCGGAAGAGGAGGUGCGGGACGUGGGCCCCGGGGGGGACGCGCCGGCGCCGGCCCCGGCCCCCGACAAGGACGAGAACAGAGACUCCGACGUGGGCAGCGGCCACUGGGAUCUGAGGUGCCACCGCCUACAAGACUCUUUGUUCAGCUCUGACAGUGGCUUUAGCAACUAUCGUGGGAUCCUGAAUUGGUGUGUGGUGAUGCUGAUCUUGAGCAAUGCACGGUUAUUUUUAGAAAACCUCAUCAAGUACGGCAUCCUGGUGGACCCCAUCCAGGUGGUGUCCCUGUUCCUGAAGGACCCCUACAGCUGGCCUGCCCUGUGUCUAGUUAUUGUGGCCAAUGUCUUUGCUGUGGCUGCGUUCCAGGUGGAGAAGCGCCUGGCGGCGGGUGCCCUGACGGAGCAGGCAGGGCUGCUGCUGCACGUGGUCAACCUGGCCACCAUUCUCUGCUUUCCGGCGGCCGUGGCCUUGCUGCUUGAGUCCAUCACUCCAGUGGGCUCCGUGCUGGCUCUGAUGGUGUACACCAUCCUCUUCCUCAAGCUCGUCUCCUACCGGGAUGUCAACUUGUGGUGCCGAGAGCGAAGGGCCAAGGCCAAGGCCAAGGCGAAGGCCGCUUCUGCAGGUAAGAAGGCCAACGGGGGAGCUGCCCAGCACACUGUGAGCUACCCAGACAACCUGACCUACCGUGAUCUGUACUACUUCCUCUUGGCCCCAACUCUGUGCUAUGAGCUCAACUUUCCCCGCUCUCCCCGAAUCCGAAAGCGCUUCCUGCUGCGGCGGCUCCUUGAGAUGCUGUUUUUGACUCAGCUCCAGGUGGGGCUAAUCCAGCAGUGGAUGGUUCCCACCAUCCAGAACUCCAUGAAGCCUUUCAAGGAUAUGGAUUACUCACGCAUCAUCGAGCGCCUCCUGAAGCUGGCGGUCCCCAAUCACCUCAUCUGGCUCAUCUUCUUCUACUGGUUCUUCCACUCCUGCAUGAACGCCGUGGCGGAGCUCAUGCAGUUUGGAGACCGGGAGUUCUACCGGGACUGGUGGAACUCUGAGUCUGUCACCUACUUCUGGCAGAACUGGAACAUCCCUGUGCACAAGUGGUGCCUCAGACACUUCUACAAGCCCAUGCUUCGACGGGGCAGCAGCAAGUGGGUGGCCAGUACGGGGGUGUUUUUCGCCUCGGCUUUCUUCCACGAGUACCUGGUGAGCAUCCCUCUGCACAUGUUCCGCCUCUGGGCCUUCACAGGCAUGAUGGCUCAGAUCCCCCUGGCCUGGAUAGUGAGCCGCUUCUUCCAGGGUAACUACGGCAACGCAGCCGUGUGGCUGACGCUUAUCAUCGGGCAGCCGGUGGCCGUGCUCAUGUACGUCCACGACUACUACGUGCUCAACUAUGAGGCCCCCGUGGCAGGGGCCUGAGCUGCUCCGAGGCUGGGCCUCCCUGCCACCUCCUGUCACCUCACUGCCCACGAGCCCGCCCCACCUGUGCGCUGGGGAGGGGGCCUGGCUGUCCGUUGUCUCCUCCCAGACCCGGAAGGCUUCUCCGCCCCCAUGGGGCUCCUUCCUGCCCUGCUCAGGGACGGCAGACCAGGCACAGGGCAGUGUCCCGGGAACCUGCGCCAAUCCUGCCCAGGGUGAGGGGAUCAAUAAAGUGCUGUCCGGAGUGGCUGCCCUCAGCCUGCUGGGGUCGUCGGGUGCUAGUGGUGCUCUCGGAAGGGGGAUCUGAGUCCCACUGGCCUUCCGGUGCCUGUCACCUUCGGGUGCUGUGUCCUGGCGGCAGGGGGGGGGUGCGAUUCCUCCCCGCCGCACUGUCUCUGCAUCACAGGAGGCAACCUCCACGGCCCAGCAAGGCCUGGCUGCCCUUGUCAACCCCGUGUGUGCAUGGGUCGGGGUCGGGGCGCAGUUCAGAGCUCCGUGGUCCCCGUGCCGGGGUCCUGGAACAGGGUGCCCACGGACUUCUCCGCAGGGGACCUUGGCUCGGGGCAGCGGCUGGAGUCUGGUGUGUGUAAGAGGGUCAAGAAUCAGAACGAGCAGCUGGGCCGGCAGAGCUGCGUGCCUGGUGUCAUGCUUGGGCUGUGGCGCUCGCAGCGGCUGAGUCCACGGACCUUGGGGUGGGGGCUCUGUGUCUCUUGGGUGAGGCAGGUGGCCGGGCCCAAACCUUGACCUGGGUCUCCCUCGUGAGCACAUGCAUCCAUGCAGAAGCUUGAACACCAGCCCUCAGCCCCUCCCUGGGACCCAGGAGGAACUCUCAGCUCCCCUCAGUUUGAGCCCUGCCCACUCGGUUUUCCUUGCAUUGGGCUGGGCAGAUCACACGUGCAGCCUGAGUGUGGCCCUCAGGAAGCCCUGCUCCCAGACCCUACUACCCGCCACACCGGACAAAGGUGGGGGGACAGCCCUGAGCCCCUGUUCCCACCUGACUUGGUGGGUGGGCUCUAUUAGAGACCCCGAGGCCAUGUGAGGCUGGAUGUGGCCCGGUUAGAGACGUAGUCUGACGAGGUAGGUGUCUGAGGAGUUGCGUGGGCAGCGGCCUCAAGAGCCAUGCUGCCCCUGCCCCAGCCAGAAUCUGCUCAACCCCACGUCCUCACCUCCUCUGGCUGUGCUGGAGUCGGGGGGAUGGGGGCUCGCUGAGGAUACCCUUUGGAUCCCAGGGUGGAGGCAGCGUCUCCCUGGACCCUGCUGGGGAUGGUGAGUAGUGGGUGGGCGCCAGGGGGCACAGAGCAUCAGGUAGGCUGCUCUGUCUCGUCACCCCCCACCCUUCCCCUGCUCCCAAACCAGCCCAGUGCCUUGAGAAUGCGUGAUGAGCAGGGACGCUCGGCCAGGAAGAGGCGUCCGGCAUGCCCAUCUGGGCUCCACCUGGUCCCCUUGUGGGGAGGUCUUUGGAAGGGUCCUCGAAUAAAGGAUUC